UAAAAUCUGAUAUCUGUGGCUGUUGUUUUUUUUUGUGCGGAACGGCUAUGCCAUGCUUUCCUCUCCUUAAACCCAAAUCUCUGCUACUCGUUUUUCUCCUUUUUCAUCAGUUUUUAUUUAUUUAUUCUCUUUCUUUUCUUUUUUGCUGAAUUCUUCUUCUCUUUACUGCAUUCACUUCCUUGUUUUUCCUUCUAAUCCUCUUUCUCAUCUCUCUAUGAGAAGAACCCAUGUCUUAUUCCUUGAAAAUGACAAUCCUUUAUUAAGAUUUUCCACACCCACAGAUGAAAACAAUGCACCCUUCAGCUGUUGCCCAAGAACCCAAAACCCCUUUUGAUCUUCUCUCUAGGUUGGGAUGCUUUGAUUUUGAUUCUAGAGGUCUAUGGCAUAUUUCCUCAAAUGGGUCUUCUCCAAUUCACUUGAAUUCAUCGUAUUUCGGCCGCUUCGAGUCUGUGGUUUUCCAAAAGAAGCAGCCUAAGGUUGUUGCUUCACUUGGGCUGAGUAGAAGUGCUUCUAGGAUUCAAAGGUUUUGGAAUGAAUUCAAUAGGUUUGUUAGAUUCCACAGUGAGAAGAUACCAAUUGGGUUUGCGUCGGUUGGGUCCCAGUCAGGGGAGAAUCAGGCGGUGGAAUACGAGCCGGGUGUUUUGGAGGACAAUGGGGUGCAUAUAAAUAGCGUGGGGCCGGAGAGUCCGAAGAAAGUUCUUAUCUUGAUGAGUGAUACUGGGGGCGGCCACAGAGCUUCCGCAGAAGCUAUAAAAGCGGCUUUCAAUCAAGAAUUCGGCGAUGACUAUCAGGUGUUUGUGACAGAUUUGUGGUCAGAUCACACGCCUUGGCCGUUUAACCAAUUGCCACGGAGCUAUAACUUCUUGGUGAAACAUGGGCCUCUGUGGAAGAUGACGUAUUAUGGAACUGCUCCACGAUUGGUGCAUCAACCCCAUUUCGCUGCGACUUCAACAUUUAUAGCCCGGGAGGUCGCUAAAGGACUGAUGAAGUACCAGCCAGACAUUAUUAUCAGUGUACAUCCUCUGAUGCAACAUGUCCCGCUUCGUAUCUUGAGGGCAAGAGGUCUUCUAAAGAAGAUUGUAUUUACCACAGUUGUCACCGAUCUAAGCACUUGCCAUCCUACAUGGUUUCAUAAGCUUGUAACAAGAUGCUAUUGCCCUACAGCCGAGGUGGCAAAAAGGGCAGCCAAAGCUGGACUGCAGCCUUCCCAAAUAAAGGUCUAUGGUCUUCCGGUGCGGCCUUCUUUUGUUAAACCUGUUCGGCCAAAGGAUGAAUUAAGGAGGGAGUUGGGAAUGGAUGAGGAUCUACCUGCGGUUUUACUGAUGGGAGGAGGGGAAGGCAUGGGCCCCAUUGAGGCUACUGCUCGGGCUCUUGGAAAUUUAUUAUAUGAUGAGAAUCUGGGGGAGCCGAUUGGUCAAAUCCUUGUAAUUUGCGGUCGGAAUAAGAAACUUGCCAGUAGAUUAUCGUCCAUCAACUGGAAGAUUCCGGUUCAGGUGAAGGGAUUCGUUACUAAAAUGGAAGAAUGCAUGGGUGCAUGUGAUUGCAUUAUAACAAAGGCGGGGCCUGGGACUAUUGCAGAAGCCAUGAUCCGGGGCCUUCCUAUAAUUCUUAAUGACUACAUUGCCGGGCAGGAAGUUGGUAAUGUCCCCUACGUGGUGGAAAAUGGAUGCGGGAAGUUCUCAAAGUCUCCGAAAGAGAUAGCAAACAUCGUCGCUCAAUGGUUUGGUCCGAAAUCCGAUGAGCUCAAAGUCAUGUCUCAGAAUGCACUGAAGCAUGCCCGACCGGAUGCAGUUUUUAAAAUCGUUCAUGAUCUUCAUGAACUGGUGAGACAAAGAAGCGUUCUUUUACCCCAAUAUUCUUGUACAACUUAAACCCAUGGCUCACCAACUACGGGCCGAGCUUUUGCUUAAAUGUUCCGAGCAAUAGGCAUUUUGAGGUACGGUUAUUUUUUU